AUGACUAGUAACAGUUGUUAUAAAAAAAAUAGUGAAGUUUUAAAAUGAUAAAAAAACAAAAUUGUUACAUGUAAAUGGUUAUAUGUGAAAUCCCUAUUUCACCCCCUAAGCUUUACCCAAUUUCAAGGGAGUCCGACCCUCCAAAACAUCCAACCCACUUCUACCUCGACAAAACGGAAAUCUUCACUUCACUUCUCUCCGCCUGUCACCGGCAAUCUUCCAAGUCAAUUCAGGUCAUUGGCUUCAUUUUGUACAAAUACACACAUGAUCUGACAUACAAAGAUUUCCCAUUUUCUCCCUCAAAUUCAUCUCCCCUCGUAGAAUGGUUUGUAAAUUAUCAACAAAGCUGAUGAAUAUCUGUGUAGCUUCAUUUUGUAAACUCCAACAAUUGGAAAAAGCCGAAUCAAUCAUCAUCGAUGCCAUAAGGUUAGGAACACUACCCGAUGUUGUCACAUACAACACAUUAGUCUCUGCAUAUUGUCAUUUUGUUGAUCUUGAUUCCGGAUACUUAAUCCUAAAUAGAAUGAAAGAAGCCAAAAUACACCCAAAUGUAAUAACUUACAAUUCUUUACUUUCGGGUGCUUCAAAGCAUUCAUUACAUUCAAAAUGCAUAGAAUUAUUCAACGAAAUGGGAACAAUGGGAAUUCAACCCGAUGUAUGGAGUUACAACAUUCUAAUACAAUGCUACUUUAGAUUAGGAAAACCAGAAGAAGCCAACAUGAUAUUCCAUAGUUUCAAAUCCCAAAACCUUUCCCCUUGUUCAACCACAUUCAACACCAUGUUCAACGGUUUCUUCAAAACCGGAUACACACACCACGCGUUAUCCCUAUUCCGGAGUUCACAACGGAAUGGAAUCUUCACUCCGGAGUUACUCACAUACAACAUAUUAAUCAAUGGAUUAUGUAAAUCCGGAUGGAUACGUGCAGCAAGAAUGAUCCUAAAAGAGCUUAAAGAAUCCGGAUUUAAACCCAAUGCAAUCACCUACACUACAAUCAUGAAACACUGCUUUAAAUCAAGAAAAUUCCAAGAAGGAAUUGAAGUAUUCAAUGAAAUGAAAAACAACGGAUACACAUACGAUGCUUUCUCUUAUUCCACACUCAGUAGUGCUUUUGCUAAAAAGGGUAGAUUAGAAGAGGCGUAUAGAAUCUUUAAGUUAAUGACCGAAAAGGGUAUUGAAAAAGAUCUUGUGUCAUACAAUAUUUUGGUUAACAUGUAUUGCAUAGAGGGAAAGAUAGAUAAAGCUAAUGACUUGUUGUCUGAAAUUCAAGAAUUUGGAUUACAAUGUGACCAAUAUACCCAUACUACGUUUCUUGAUGGGCUUUGUAGAUCAGGGGAAAUCGAUCGAGCUUUGGAUUAUUUGAAAUAUAUGGAUACAUUAGGGUUUGAUUCGAAUUUAGUUGCGUAUAAUUGUAUGGUGGAUAGGUUAUGUAAAGUGGGGUGUAGUAAUGAUGCUUUGAGGAUUUUUGAAAGAAUGGAGGUUAAAGAUUGUAUAACUUAUACUUCCAUGGUGCAUAAUCUUUGUAAAGAAAGGAAAUUUUUAACUGCUUCAAAGGUUUUGUUGGCUUGUUUGAAUAGAGGAAUGAAGGUGUUGAGAGGUACUCAAAGGGUUGUUGUGAAAGGUCUUCAUUCUUUAGGGUUAUAUUCGGAAGCAAGAAAAGUUCAGUUGAAAAUUCGAUUAUCAAGAUUUGAGCAUUAAUCAAAGGAUUAAUUGUGAAAAUUAGAGAAAAUUACAGACUGAAUGGUUCAGAACUUCAGAUUUGUUGACUGCUUAAGGGAUUUUGUUUGAGGUAUUUAUUCCAUUGAGUGGCUGGCUAGGUGGCGGGCCCACAAAGAGCAUUAAAAGUCCCACAGUCUGUAUUCUGCUGAGACUCGAACCCUUGACCAUUUUUGCAAGUAAAAUCAAAUUGGGGCUAUGGUUUAGUGUUCUUUUUGAAGUCUCAUGGAAGUGAUUUUUAAUCAAAUUGGGUGAUGGUUGGAUCUGCUAAACAAGAAUUUAUGGGAAAGAUAAUGUAACAAUAAUGUAUACUUUUCAAAUCAAUAUUGUGCAAAGUUAGAACUUAAUAGGGAAAGUCUUCUUUUUCA